GGACUUCAGAAUUUUGUCUGUUCUCUGGGUACAACCUGCUAAGCCUGGAGAGAAGCCUGUGCCUGCAGCUGACUCUCUUCAGGGCUGAUGGGAAUCCUGCCACCGUUCCUACCGCUCCCCAUGGAGAGCAACUGGACUGCCCAUGUGCUCUCACGGACUUUGUGCCAUAUGCUACUCUGGACAGCUGUGCUAACUCUUGUUGCCGGGACUCAUGCAGAUCUUCCAAGGGCUGUGGUGAAACUUGAGCCCCCAUGGAUCCAGGUGCUCAAGGAAGACCUUGUGACACUGACAUGUGAAGGGACCCACAACCCUGGGAACUCUUCUACCCAGUGGUUCCACAAUGGGAGCCCCAUCCCGAGCCAGGUCCAAGCCAACUACACGUUUAAGGCCGACAUCAAUAACAGUGGAGAAUAUCAGUGCCGAAUGGAGCAGACCGGCCUCAGCGACCCUGUACAUCUGGGAGUGAUUUCUGACUGGCUGCUGCUCCAGACCCCUCAACUGGUGUUUCUGGAAGGGGAAACCAUCACGUUAAGGUGCCAUAGCUGGAAGAACAAACAGCUGAACAGGAUCUUGUUCUACCAGAAUGGAAAAUCUGUGAAGUUUCAUCAUCACGGUAAUAAUUUCUCUAUCCCAAAAGCCAACCACAGUCACAGUGGGGACUACUACUGCCAAGGAGAUCUAGGAAGAACACGGCACUCCUCCAAGCCUGUCACCAUCACUGUCCAAGAGCCCAAAUCCAGCAGGUCUUUACCGGUAUUGACAAUUGUAGCUGCUGUCACUGGAAUUGCUGUAGCAGCCAUUGUUAUUAUCCUGGUAUCCUUGAUCUAUCUCAAGAAAAAGCAGGUUCCAGAUAAUCCUUCUGAUCUCGAAGAAGCUGCCAAAACUGAGGUUGACAAUACGAUCACUUAUUCACUUCUCAAGCAUCCCGAAGCUCCGGAUGAAGAAGUGGAGUCUGAUUACCAGAACCACAUUUAGUCUCCCUUGUGACUGGGAAAAGCAAACCUGAAAGGCCGGGAUCUAGUGUCUUCUGGUCCAAGGGAUGCUGUAGAUAUUAAAGAGAACAUCCAGAGUCACUUAUGUGAGUCCUGAAACCAACAGACACUACGAUAUUGGUUCCCAAUGGUUGACUGUACUAAUGACUUCAUAACUUACAGCUUCUCAACUCAAGACUCUCCUGCCGUAGAUCCACACAGCCAAUAAAAUUAAUCAACUUACUGUUGUUAAGAGACUGCAGCAACAUGGGAACUGCUUAUACUACAAGCUAACAAGAAGAAUUAAUGUUAGGAUGCAUGAUCUCAGCGAUGAUAAACUAGACUUGUACCAACCUGUCGAAAGUGAUGCUUUAUAAGGAACUUCAAUUUGUUUUACAAUUUUUCUAUAAAGGUCGCAUGUUACUUUUAUAGUAAAAUGUUGUAAAAACAUCUUUCUAUCUACCUUUUCAAGGCUGCAGUGAUUGGAGUAUAGACUGAGCUCUCUGGGGUUUGUUGGUCUUCUUCAAGAAGAAUCUUGGGAUGGCUUAACCUUUCCCUGGGGAGACAUAAGAAUCUUAGGUAGGGCCCUCAGGACGGACCUAAGUCAUAUGAUUAUACUCAAGACUAGUUUGGCGCACCAGUGAGUUUCUUGGGCUUAUUUAUAGAAACAUGAGUGAGGGGUUCCUUACAGGGCUGUGGAGAACCUUAAAGCACCAAUCUUGGCACCGAUGACAACAUCUCUACAGUUGCAUAGAUGGUGCUCCGCCCCCUCUUUAGUUUGUCCUCCUCAAACUCCCAGUCCAGAAGCCUCUGCCUUUAGACCUCCAUGCUGUCGAGCCUUUAGACCUCCAUGCUGACGAGCCUUUAGACCUCCAUGCUGACGAGCCUUUAGACCUCCAUGCUGUCGAGCAUGCACUACUAUCCACCACCACACCUGGCCUGGCAGACAUAGAUGAGAGGUAGAGGAGAGGGCAGAUAAGGAUUCGGAGUAGAGAGCCAGUGCCCUUCCCCUUCAAACUGAGGACACUUCCAGUGAACUUGUCUUCUUGUUGUCACACUUCCUUCUCCUUUCCCCUAUGGCAAGCAGAAUUAUCACUUUGUUAUGCAACAGGAGUUCGCAGGAAGUCAAACUUUGGAUGAAUGCCAGGGGUAACUGAAGGAUGACCUUGAACUCCUGAUCUUUCUGCUUCUGCCUCCUAAUUGCUGGGAUUAGAAGUCGGAUCAUAUUAUAUUUAUAUGUUCACAAAAAUCACUCAGGCAGCUGUAACCACGUAAGUUCAGAGUGUGGACAUACAAAGGAGACAAAAGGGGAAAUGUUCUGUUGUCCUCAUUCCCCUGGACUCUGUUCUCUCUCUCUCUCUCUCUCUCUCUCUCUCUCUCUCUCUCUCUCUCUCUCUCUCUCUGUGUGUGUGUGUGUGUGUGUGUGUCUCAAAUGAAUAAACACUGUUGCAGGUGUUGUAUACAUUCAGAUUUUCUAAUAUAUAUUUGAUAUUGUUUUUAGAAAGCCUAUCCAUGAAACCAUACAUGUGAUUAUGUUGUAGACUUCUCUUGGCUGGGCCUUUCUGGAUGUCAGCCUAGCUUCAGGCCCAUUGAAAGACACUAUCUCAUGGAUAUUAAGCAGAGAGAGCUGGAGCAGGAUACCAGAUGUUUUCCUCUGACCCCUGCACAGCAGCACACAGGCACUCUACACGUGUGUGCCUAUAACACACACAAAUAAAAUAAAUAAUAAUAAUUUUUAAAACUCACUCCAGAAUUUCUGCUUUGAACUCCCUGAGAUCCAAGACAUGGUGGCAUGGAUACUUUCUUACAUGGAUCUUAGUUGUUCAAUCCAAACACACCGAACAGAUAAGGCUAUUUGACAUCAGGGAGAUCACAUCCAGAAGCUCUUGCAUUCCUAAUGUGCACUGUUAAGUGUGUCUCAUGGAAUCUAGUCAGUUCUUUCUCAUAUCCUCUUUAGCAAGACCCCUCCUGGCCACUACUCUUUGUUUUUAUUUUCUCCAUGGUACAGCGUAGAUAAUUACAUAUCUUCUUCUUUUAUAGAUUCUCGUAUAUACUAGAAUGUUAGCUCAAAACAGUCCCAUGUUUUCCUUUUUCUCUAAUGUAUUCCAGAGAGCAGAACAAUGCAAUAGAUUGUUGAAUGAAUUAAUGAAUAAAACUUUCCUCUCAU